CAGAGUCAUUCUUCAGUUUAUUUCUUCACGUUCUUCCACACCGGCAUCAGUCAGUGACCAAUCGCCUCGAGCAGCAUUUUAAGGAGGAUAUGCUGCACCUGUCCUACCGGCUAGUCUCGCGAGGCUUGAAGCACCAGCCCUGCUGUAAUCUCCGCACUUCCAGGUUUAACCAGCUCAGUACCGUCGGAUACGGCUGGCUGGCUGCGACAACGGCGGACCACAAUCAGGUCAUUCGGGGCAUCUGCUGCUCGACUGAUCAUCAACCACGGGCAAUCAGGAUGAGUUCGAGGAGUGCCAGUACGAAGGCGGGCGGUUGUGGUCCGAUUCGGAUACACAGCUUGACGAAGAAUCUGCACUUUUACAGUGGGUCGAGCAGGAAGUGGAACAAGGAUGCGAAGACGUUACGGUUGAGUGAACCGCUGGAGAAGCCGUUGGUUCUGCUGCUGUGCUGGCUGCAGGCUUCGGAGAAACAUCUGCGAAAGUUUGCCGAGUUCUACCAGGAGCAGGGCUUUGAAGUGUUAGUGGCGCACAUUACGCCGUGGCAGUUGAUGUGGCCGGUGUACGGGUCGCAGGCCGUGGCGGCCGAUAUCGUAAAGUUCCUGAAGAACAACACGCUCGAGCAGGGCGUCGUACUGCACGGGUUCUCUGUCGGAGGGUAUUUGUGGGGUGAGUGUCUUGUGAGGCUGGACCAAGAUGAAGACGGCAAGGCUACGCUGGGCAAGAUCAAGGGUCAGAUCUGGGAUAGUGCGGCGGAUAUUACGGAGAUCCCGGUCGGAGUACCGCAUGCCGUGCUACCAAAGAACCCAACUCUGCAAGGUGCUCUGCGAAGUUACAUCACCUACCACUUGAAGCUGUUCCACGAGGAAGCCACCCAGUAUUACGAAAAGUGCAACCGGCUGUACUUUUACGAGCCAGCUCGGUGUCCCGCCCUGCUGCUAGUCUCCAAGACCGACCCCGUUGGAACGGAGGCCGCCAAUCGGCGCCUGAUGGCCACCUGGGACUCGGUGGGCGUCAAGACCACCAUCAAGUGCUGGGACCGGUCGCCGCACGUGGGACACUUCCACCGGCACCGGGACGAGUACAUCGAGCAGGUGGUGAACCACCUCGGCUCGCUGGACAUUGCAGGUUAUACGGCGCCGAAGGCGAAGCUGUGAGCGGCGCAGACAAAUGGAUGUGGAAUUCUAAUUGAUUGUUUAGGUGGACACUAGCGCAAUCUGUUGCUCAAACGAGUAACUAAUUUUCAACUCGAGUGUGAGUGGAACCACAGACGAGUAGGUGGAGAUAUCUUUUCAAAUCCAUCUAUCAUCAAUUAUCCCUUUCAGAUUUUGAUAGGCCAUAUAUGACCCAAAAACCAAAAUUUUGAAAACUAGCCAAUAAUUUUCUUAUGGUCCUUAAAAUAAUUUGCCCAUCAUUAGAA